GCCACUUAAAGUGGCAUGAUUUUCAUGUAUAAUGAAAGCCUUCAACUCAUUCUUAGGAUGUGUGUUGCAGAGGUGACCGUCUUCACAGGUCAUUAUUUAGAAACAAGUAUGUCAUAUGCAUUGGUAAGAAACGAUUUUGUCUUCUCAUUAUUUUAUGAUACUAUGAAUAUAUUGUAGAAAAAAAAUUAAAGGACUAAUCGUAGUUCUUUCCAAACAGCUUUUAUCGAACCAUUUGCAUUUUACUACAAGGUUUUUGUUCUGUCCCUCAAAGAGAACGCCUAAUGAAAAUGUUACUGAAUCCACCUUUCCACUUCAGGAACUUGAAAAACGGAAUAAUGUAAAGGGGUCUAAUUGUAUUUGUAUUUAAUACAGUGUCGGUAUCAGUAAAAGAAGGAGAUUACAUUGCAUAACUGCAAUGUGAUUGCAGUUACCCAGCAAGGCUUUGCGUUUCUGGUAACAAAGCUAAUACAUUUCUUCUUGGGAAUGAUGCAAUUCCAAAGCAAAAAUUUGAUGUCAUUCUAAUGCGUCUGCUUUCACUUGCUGAGUACCAUGUGUCCCUGGUAAGGAUGAGCAAGAGAUCUGUCUUAUUGUAGAUAAUACACCUGUGGAGUAAGCGCUCAGCACAGGUGGAAGUGGACCUGCGUGGGGUUGCUUUAUGAGUAGCCCUUUGAGCGAGCUCUGUAGUUCUGUAUGUGGUUUAAAUCACUGUAAAUUUGUAGGCAGGUACAUGUUACAAUUGUCUGUUUUUCUUUUUAGGGCUCAUGUAAUCAAAGAAGUUUUUGUUGUGUGUAUCUUUUCAGAACACAACAGGAAUUGAAAAUGAACCAGAACGCUGCUGAGCCUGUGGCAGCUGCUGAGACCCUGGCCGAGGUACCUGAACAUGUGUUUCGAGGACUUCCGGAGGAAGUGAGGCUUUCCCCAUCUGCUGUUGACAAGACUCGGAUUGGUGUCUGGGCCACUAAGCCAAUUUUAAAAGGGAAAAAGUUUGGACCAUUUGUUGGCGAUAAGAAAAAAAGAUCUCAGGUUAAGAAUAACGUGUACAUGUGGGAGGUGUAUUACCCGAACUUGGGAUGGAUGUGCAUUGACGCCACCGACCCAGAGAAGGGGAACUGGCUGCGGUAUGUGAACUGGGCGUGCUCAGGAGAAGAGCAGAAUUUAUUCCCCCUGGAAAUCAACAGGGCCAUCUACUAUAAAACGCUAAAGCCAAUCGCGCCGGGUGAGGAGCUCCUGGUCUGGUACAAUGGGGAAGACAACCCCGAGAUAGCAGCUGCGAUUGAGGAAGAGCGAGCCAGCGCCCGGAGCAAGCGGAGCUCUCCGAAAAGCCGGAAAGGGAAGAAAAAGCCCCAGGAAAACAAAAACAAAGGCAGCAAAACUGAAGACACACAGCUGAAGACGAGCGAGCCCGAUUCCGCCCCUGCAAAUAUGAGAGAUUCUGCGGAAGGUUCCAAAGAAGAGGACGAGAAGCCUUCCGCCUCCGCGCCCGAGCAGACAGCCGAGCAGACAGCCGAGCAGACAGCCGACCUGCAGGAGGGGGUCUGUCAGGAUGUGCUUCCGGAACUAGUGGGCGCCCCCGCCGCCCGCGAGCCACAGGCUGAGCCAGACCAGCAGCUGGAAGCAACACAGUGUGAAGUGAACGACUUGGAGGAAGAGGAGGAAGAAGAGGAGGAAGAUGAUGAACUGGAGGAAGAGGGGGAAGAGGAAGCUGACGUGCCAAACGAAAGUCCUUUGAAGGAGCCAGAAAUACGGUGUGAUGAGAAGCUAGAAGAUUUAUUAGAAGAACCAAAACCUGUUUCAAACGAAGCCGUGGAGGACUCUCCGGAGGUGGCGCCUGUCCCCAGACUCCCCGGGGCGCAGGACGAGGCCAAUGGCGACGCCUUCGGGACGUCGAUGUUCCCGUGCCAGCACUGUGAGAGGAGGUUCGCGACCAAACAGGGGCUCGAGCGCCACAUGCACAUCCACGUGUCGACGGUGAGCCACGCCUUCAGGUGCAAGUACUGUGGGAAGGCGUUCGGCACGCAGAUCAACCGGCGCAGGCACGAGCGGCGCCACGAGGUGGGGCUGAAGCGGAAGCCCAGCCAGACACUACAGCCGCCCGAAGACCCCGCCGACGGCAGAGGGUCUGCGGAUGGCGCCACUCCGAAAGACGACUCGAACCCGCCCGGCCUGGGGCAAGACUGUCUGCUCGUGAGCUCAGAGAAAGCCUCCCCCCGAGAAACAGCAAAUUCCUCUGUCGUAGAGGAGAACGGAGAUGUGAAAGAGCUUCAUCCGUGCAAAUACUGUAAAAAGGUUUUCGGCACUCACACCAACAUGAGACGGCAUCAGCGCCGGGUGCACGAGCGCCACCUGAUCCCCAAAGGCGUGCGGAGGAAAGGCGGCCUCCUGGAAGAGCCGCCGCUGCCCGCGGAGCAGGCGCAGCCCGCCCAGAACGUCUACGUACCGAGCACAGAACCAGAGGAGGAGGGGGAGGGGGACGACGUGUACAUCAUGGACGUCUCCAGCAACAUUUCUGAGAACUUGAAUUACUACAUGGAUGGUAAAAUCCAGACCAGCAGCAGCACCAGUAACUGUGACGUGAUCGAGAUGGAACCCAACUCGGCAGACCUGUAUGGUAUAAACUGCCUGCUCACUCCGGUCACGGUGGAAAUCACUCAGAACAUAAAGACCACGCAGGUCUCCAUAGUGGACGAUCUUCCUAAAGAGCCUUCCGGCGGCACGAGCAGCGAGUCCAAGAAGCGCAGGACCGCCAGUCCUCCCGUGCUACCCAAAAUUAAAGCAGAGGCCGAGCCCGAGCCCGCCGCCCCCUCGUGCUCCUUGAGCCUGCCGCUUAGCAUACCCGCCGCGGAGGUGGCGUCUCUCCACAAAGAGAAGAGCGUGUAUUUGUCGUCCAAGCUCAAACAGCUCCUCCAGACCCAGGAUAAACUGCCUCCUCCCGCGGGGAUGUCGGCCGCUGAGCUCCCAAAGUUGGGCCCCGUCUGUGUGUCCGCUCCCGCGUCCAUGCUGCCCGUGACCGCGAGUAGGUUUAAGCGGCGGACCAGCUCCCCUCCCAGUUCUCCGCAGCACAGCCCUGCCCUCCGAGACUUCGGGAAGCAGAGCGACGGCAAAGCAGUGUGGACCGACGUGGUUCUGGGUUCCAAAAAGCCCAAAUUAGAGAGCCACGGCAGUUCCCCGGCGUGGACUGUGUCUGGGAGAGAUGAGAGAGAGGCCGUGAGCCCCCCAGGCUUUGAUGAAUACGCGGUCUCCAAAGAGUGGGUGUCCAGCUCCACGUACGGCAACGUGUGCAACCAGCAGCCGCUGGACUUGUCCAGCGGCGUCAAGCAGAAGGCCGAGGGCGCAGCCAAGACCCUGGUCCCGUGGGAGUCCGUGUUAGACCUCAGUGUGCACAAGAAGCCUUGCAGCGACUCGGAAGGCCGGGAGCUCAGAGACAGUGCCGUGGCGCAGCCGGCCUGCAGCGCGGUCAGGAGAAAGAAGCCGACCACCUGCAUGCUGCAGAAGGUCCUUCUCAAUGAGUACAAUGGCAUCGGCGUGCCCCCCGAAAACUCGUCAGAUGUGACCAGGAGCCCGAGUCCUUGUAAAUCCCUAGAUCCUCAAGCCGAACCUGACGUUGGCCCUGACGCUAGUUUAUCAGCUCCUGCUGCGGAGUCCCCACCCGAUGUUUCUCCUUCCUCCCCUGCCCUCCAGACACCCUCCCUCUCCUCUGGGCAGCUGCCUCCUCUCCUGAUGCCCUCACGCCCCUCCUCCCCUCCGCCCUGCCCUCCUGUGUUAACUGUUGCCACGCCGCCGCCCCCACUCCUUCCCACCAUACCUCUUCCAGCCCCCUCUUCCGGGGCGUCUCCUCCUCCGUGUCCCUCCCCGCUCUCGAAUGCUACGGCGCAGUCCCCGCUCCCGAUUCUCUCCCCCACCGUGUCUCCCUCGGCGUCUCCCAUUCCCUCUGUGGAGCCUCUCAUGUCCGCCGCCUCGCCGGGGCCUCCUACGCUUUCAUCUUCCUCCUCUUCCUCGUCUUCGUCUUCGUUCUCUUCAUCUUCCUCCUCUUCCCCUUCCCCGCCUCCCCUCUCAGCAGUGUCAUCCGUCGUCUCCUCCGGGGAUAAUCUGGAAGCCUCUCUCCCCAUGAUAUCGUUCAAGCAGGAGGAUUUAGGGAGCGGAGAAGCAGAGCCCAGGGAAGAACCCCAGUCUGCAGUUGAACACGACGUCAUUCAGGAAACAUUCAGCAAAAACUUUGUCUGCAAUGUCUGUGAAUCGCCUUUUCUUUCCAUUAAAGAUCUAACCAAACACUUAUCUGUUCAUGCUGAAGAGUGGCCCUUCAAAUGUGAAUUUUGUGUGCAGCUUUUUAAGGCUAAAACUGACUUGUCAGAGCAUCGCUUUUUGCUUCAUGGAGUUGGGAAUAUCUUUGUGUGUUCAGUUUGUAAAAAAGAGUUUGCUUUUCUGUGCAAUUUGCAGCAGCACCAGCGAGAUCUCCACCCAGAUAAGGCGUGCACGCACCACGAGUUCGAAAGUGGCACCCUGAGGCCGCAGAACUUCACAGACCCCAGCAAGGCCCGCGUGGAGCACGCACAGAGUUUGCCGGAAGACCCUUUGGAAACGUCGAAAGAGGAAGAGGAGCUCAACGAUUCUUCUGAAGAGCUUUACACAACCAUCAAAAUAAUGGCUUCUGGAAUAAAGACGAAAGAUCCAGAUGUUCGACUGGGCCUCAACCAGCAUUACCCAAGCUUUAAGCCACCUCCGUUUCAGUACCAUCACCGAAACCCCAUGGGCAUCGGGGUGACGGCCACCAAUUUCACUACCCACAACAUUCCACAGACUUUCAGCACUGCCAUUCGCUGUACGAAGUGUGGCAAAGGUGUGGACAACAUGCCCGAGUUACACAAACAUAUCCUGGCGUGUGCCUCUGCGAGCGACAAGAAGAGGUACACCCCGAAGAAAAAUCCGGUGCCGCUGAAGCAAACGGUGCAACCCAAAAACGGUGUGGUGGUUUUGGAUAACUCUGGGAAAAACACCUUCAGACGAAUGGGACAGCCCAAAAGACUGAACUUCAGUGUCGAGCUCAGCAAAGUGUCCCCCAAUAAGCUCAAGUUAAAUGCAUUGAAGAAAAAAAACCAGCUUGUCCAGAAAGCAAUCCUGCAGAAAACCAAAUCUGCCAAGCAGAAGGUCGAGCUGAGAAACGCUUCGGAGGGCUCCUCCCACAUCUGCCCGUACUGCAACAGGGAGUUCACCUACAUCGGCAGCCUGAACAAGCAUGCCGCUUUCAGCUGUCCCAAAAAACCGCUCUCUCCUUCCAAAAAAAAAGUUUCCCAUUCGUCCAAGAAAGGCGGACACUCGUCAUCUGCAAGCAGCGACAAAAACAGUAACAGCAGCCGCAGACGGACAGCAGAUGCAGAGAUCAAAAUGCAGAGCUCGCAGGCUCCCCUGGGCAAGACCAGAGCUCGCAGCGCGGGCCCGGCUCAGGCCGCCCUGCCCUCCUCGUCCUUCAGGUCCAAGCAGAACGUCCGGUUCGCAGCGGCGGUGAAGUCCAAGAAGCCAAGCUCCUCUUUAAGGAACUCGAGCCCCAUAAGAGUGGCCAGGAUAGCUCACACCGAGGGGAAGAAGCCCAAAGCCGUGGCCAAGAACCAUUCUGCGCAGCUCUCAAGCAAGACGGCCCGGAGCCUGCACGUGAGGGUGCAGAAGAGCAAGGCCGUUCUGCAGAGCAGAUCCGCCCUGGCCACUAAGAAAAGAACAGACCGGUUCAAUGUAAAAUCGAGAGAGCGCAGCGGAGGGCCCAUCACCCGGAGCCUGCAGCUGGCAGCUGCUGCCGACCCGAGUGAGAGCAGGAGGGAGGACGGCGGCAGCAAGCAGGAGCUGAAGGACUUCAGCACCUGAAGUGACCUGGAACCAGAGAAGCCAAAGGGACUGGCCUCCUGCCCUGCAGGCAGCACCGACCUCCCCCAGUUCCACGAGCCUGUGCGAGAGUGGGCGUGCGUGAGUGAGUGCGCGCAUGGGAGUGCGUGUGCAUGUGUGCGCGUGCGUCCGCGCCGUCUUCAGCCGAGCGUCCCGAGCCCCGUGGAGGCGGGGCGGCAGCAGACUUCACACCGCGGAGGAGGACCCUCCGGUGCCACCCCGGACUGUGCUCUGCAGCCCAGCCUCCCUGCGGGGGGCGGGGCCUCUCCUACUAUGCAAUUUUUCAAGAGCUCCUUGAUCCUGCUUUUUGCUUCUCAAGUUGUCCUCUGCUGGGGCGGGGACCUUGGUCUGGCCCAGGGGGUGAGCUCCAGUCCUGUCCAAGGAAGGCCUUCAGGAGGGCGCCAGGCUCCCCUUCCGACCGCCCUGCCCCCCACUCCGAGUCCCCCACCAUCUCUGGGAAUCAAUAGCGGUAGACAUGCGGGAGCCCAGCUGCCCCUCCCCCUUGGCCUGUGCGCUUGGAAAACCCCCUUCCUGGCCCGAGUAUUCUGAGCUGCCAGCACUUGAGUCAUUUCCAGAUUUGAAAUUGUGCUUAGUCCACGUGCAUCUGGAGAAAGCCCUUGUCCUCAUUUACGGGUCGGGUUUCUCGCGUGGGACCGGCGCGUGGGGGGAGGGGGCGAUGUCCCGUGGGCUCCUUUGCCUCCCCGGGUGGGACCAUCAACGCUUCCAGUGUCUGAGCUUCUCAGAGUAGCCGCAAAGGGAAACGGACAAACAGACGCUGGGAAAUGAACAUUAGAUGGGAAGUUAGAAAGCAUGGAGGGGGGAGGAAAAGAGACCCUGGGAGCUCUCCGUCCCCUGCCAGGGACCGGUGGAGGGGCUCCCGCUCGCUGGUGGGACCGUCCAUGCCUCGGAGAAACGGGUGCGCUGAGCUAGGAGUUGGGACCCAGUGAGGGUCUUGGGUUUUGUGCCUUUGGGGCAGACCCCAGACGAGGAUGUCUGAGCCCACUCGCGCUGCUUCCUCGGCCCCACGUCCGAUGGUUACGUAUCCGCCCCCACGUGGAAGGAGGGGCUUUGGAAGCCAGCCGAGUGGUCACCUGCAAAAAAGGGACUUUUUUUUUCAGGGCUACUAUGGUUGAUCUUGCAACUCUGUAAAUAUGUAUGUAGACAGUUUUCAAAGCACGUAUUUAUGUCCCUGACUGUAAAUGACCCGUUUUUAAAGUUUUAUAACUUGUGUUAUUUAAUGAAUCAGUCGACCGGCUGCAGCGCGGGCUCUGAGGACGGUCCAGGGGAAAGUUCUCUGAUGAGAUCCUCACACGGGCAGAAUAAAUGCCAAUGGUUGUCCUCCGCCACAGUUUUCCCGUUCCCGACCCACUGACAACCGGGGCUUGUUCUCAAUGGUCAUAAACCGGAAGGCGGCCUUUUGCCGGCUCCCGAAAGGGACCCUCACAAGCAUGAACAUCUGAGGCUGUUCCUCGCCCUAACGACUUUGUCCCAUUACACGCCAACACUUACCAACCGUGCCCAGCCUCCGAGUUCUCGAGGGUUUUCCCCGUGGAGCAGCGAGGAAGGCUUACGAACCCAAAACUUGAAAAGUCACCUUCAGCCACUGGCAAACUCUGGAAAUGUUGCGUGUUGGGGGGUGGGGAGCCGCUCAUUCUUUGAGUGUGCAAAGGUGCCGGUCAGCUCUCAACACUCGGGGACUGUCGGGAAAACUGCUACAAGCCGUCCAGUCGCGAAAAGGGGGAGCGGUUUGACGAGGAGCGGCGUCUCCCGGCCCGUGGUGGCUUCGGAGCGUGGGUUUGGGCCCCCGCUCUGUAUCUGCCCUGUGAAGAAAACUAACAAUAAAAGCGUGAAGUGCGAUUGUAA